GAGAAUUUCUUUGUUCCUCCACGACCGGACAAGACACGUCCAUCGUCGUCAUCAACUAACGUACGCCUACCACCUUAUCGUACGCCUGGCAUCUUAUCCUGCGCAUCUUCCCUUCCAUUAAGACCUAGGGUUUUCUCUUUUCUCUCUCUCUCUCUCUCCUUCCCAUCAUCAUUCUCUUCCCCCGAUCUAUAUCCAACCUCGUUUCCAUCCCCAAUCCCGCUCCUUUUACUCUGAUUUUGAAUCGAACCCUUAUCUUAUACCCCCCUUGAAUCUUACGGUUCUGAGGAGUGGGUUUUGGGGUCAGGGGUUUUCGAGAGAUGUUGAAUGUCAGGUUCAUUGAUGAAUCUGUUUUCUCUCUGCUUCAAGCCAUUCGGGCACAUCUGCGAUAAUUCCGAGGCUGGAUCGGGUGGUGGUGGCGUUUCUGGUGGAAGCGGCGGCGGUGCUGAAGGCAAAGACGGGUUGCUUUGGUUCCGUGAUCUCGGUAAAUAUUGCGGCGGAGAAUUCUCCAUGGCUGUGAUUCAGGCCAAUCAGGUUCUUGAAGAUCAGAGCCAGAUCGAAUCCGGUAAUUUCGGGACCUUCGUUGGUGUUUACGAUGGUCAUGGUGGUCCUGAAGCUGCACGUUACGUCUGCGAUCAUCUCUUUAACCAUUUCCGAGAAAUAUCAGCGGAAACGCAAGGAGUUGUGACAAGAGAGACAAUCCAAAGAGCCUUUCAUGCGACAGAAGAAGGAUUCGCUUCAAUUGUGUCAGAGCUCUGGCAAGAAAUACCAAAUUUGGCAACUGUUGGCACUUGUUGUCUAGUUGGAGUGAUAUAUCAAAAUACUCUUUUUGUGGCAAGCCUUGGAGAUUCACGGGUUGUUCUCGGAAAGAAAGGCAACUGUGGCGGACUCUCUGCUAUCCAGCUGUCGACCGAACACAAUGCCAAUAACGAGGAUAUUCGUUGGGAACUUAAGGAUUUACAUCCUGAUGACUCGCAGAUCGUUGUGUUCAGGCAUGGAGUUUGGAGAGUUAAGGGCAUCAUUCAGGUUUCGAGGUCUAUAGGAGACAUGUACAUGAAGCGGCCAGAAUUUAACAAGGAGCCAAUCAGUCAAAAGUUCAGACUUGCGGAGCCAAUGAAGAGACCAUUAAUGUCUGCAACACCGACCAUACUCUCUCAUCCUCUGCACCCUAAUGAUUCGUUUCUCAUUUUUGCAUCUGAUGGUCUUUGGGAACAUUUGACAAACGAAAAAGCAGUUGAGAUUGUUCAUAACCAUCCCCGUGCUGGAAGUGCAAAGAGACUGAUAAAGGCGGCUCUUCACGAGGCAGCGAGGAAACGUGAAAUGAGAUAUACAGAUCUAAGGAAAAUUGACAAGAAAGUGAGGCGACAUUUUCAUGAUGAUAUCACGGUCAUAGUGGUGUUCUUAAACCAUGACGUCAUAUCGAGAGGCCACAUCAACUCAACACAAGACUCAUCAGUCUCUAUACGGAGUGCUCUUGAACACUGAAAAGCAACAAAAAGACAUUUUACAACAAUGUUUCUUCUUACUUGGUUAUAUGACUUUUGCCUAGAACGCAAUAAAAAAACUGGGCAACAUCUAAAAACAAAGACAAAAAAAAAUGGAAAACAACAUCGUAAUGAGUUCUCUUGUAUUAAGCGGCAAUGUUUGUGACUCUGGUGUUUCUCUUCAAGUCUUGCAUAGCUUAUGUCCUGAUGAAUACCAAGUCUUUUUACGACUAGCCGUUCAUCAAAAGACUACGUGCAGUUGUUUUACAGUUUGUGCCUUUUAUCAUGACUGUAAGUCUUGUACUCUGUAACAUUGACGAAACAUAAGUAACCAUACCAUUCUCGAUUGUAACAUCAA